CCAGUUUCUCCUCCACCUCGCUGCCCCGAGCCAGUGUCGCUCGACGUAUUUUCAAUGCAGGAAGAUGCGCCUACGUUACAGGCGCCCGCUAUUCCGGAAUCGGAAUCGCAGAGGCUUUUCCAGUGUAGCUCGUGUAAGAGAUCGUUCACCAGGGCGGAUCAUCUUACGAGGCAUGUUCGUGCGCAUACGAAGCAAAAGCCCUACAUUUGCCCCGUAUGCUCGAAGGGCUUUGCUAGAAUUGACCUGCUCAAAAGGCAUGUGACUAACCACAGUUCUGAAUCCGCUGCAAAAAGGCAAAAGCGGGAGAUCACCCGCGACACUCGAGUGGUGCAAGCUUGCGAAGCCUGCUCUCUAAGCCAUCUACGUUGUGAGGACGAAAAGCCAUGCAGCCGUUGUAAGAAGAAGAAUAUCGCCUGCAAAGUGCCAGAAACCUCACCAGUGGACGAUGCAGAAGUGAACGAGCUCGAUGCUGUUCAUGCUGCACAGGACUUGCUUGACCUAUCUAACGGAUUCGACUACGCCUCACCAAUGGCUCCACUUGAUACCAACCAGACUUCAACACCGCAAGUCAGUGAUGUAGACAGAGACGAUGUGGGAUUCCUUCCGCCACAUGUACCAGUAGCACAGAUGGAGUCUUCGAACGAGUCUUAUCCAGUUGAGCAUGGAUCUUCGUUCAAUGUCCCUAACACCACAAAACAAAACGCAGAUACAUUAGGAAUGGCUCAGCUGUACACAGGGACUGAUGGCACGGAUCUUUCUUUCUUCGACAACACGAUGUCAAACUUCGAUGAUACCCCGAGCAUGGACCCUUUCUUGCCAGAUUAUUUCAGAAACAUGCCUCCAUUUGACUCCUUUUUGUCUGGCCAUGCGACGCCAAGAGGAAUCAUGGAUCUCAACUUCGACAUGGAUGUCGGUCUCACAGACCUUGAUCUCGGGUUGCUGGACCAGUACAAUUUCCAAGUGCCAUUUAUUGCAGGUACGCCGUCCACUGACGCGCAAGGGCUUGAACAGCAGCCUCUGGACGGCGACAGCGCACCAGUACGAACAGAGGCUUUCAAGCAGAGUAUAUGGCGCUACAUGCCGCGUCGAGAUAAAGACCACAGUGCAAUGGAGCAGACCAACCUCGCUUUUCCGGACUCGGACAAAGAGAGCAGUCGCCGCGCGCACUUGCCACAACGUCGCGCACUCAACGAGAGACUUGGGCGUGUGAGCCGUGAUAGAGUCAUGGCGCUGGUGCUUGGGACCUGCAGCGCGGAGAACGUCAAGCGUAUUGCAUCCGCGUUUCCAAGUGUCGAGUUGCUUGAUGGGCUCAUCCAGUUCUUCUUGACGUCCCCGAUUCUCGAUGUGCAGUCGUGGUUUCAUCUUCCCACUUUGUCGCUCGCGAAGCUGAGUCCAGAAUUACUCGCGUGCAUCAUCUCAGCCGGUGCUGCUUCGACACCCGAUAUACCGCUGCGCAAGCUUGGUUUUGCUCUCCACGAGGCUGCUCGCAUGGGUCAAGGCAAGUCUUUUGAGGAGGACAACACGGCAAUCAGAGACCUGCAGCAUAUCCGUACGUUCUUUUUAAUGCUCGUCGUAGGUAUGUGGUCUGGCGUCAGUCGCAAGAUGGAGAUCUCGGAGAGCUUUUUGCAGCCUCUCGUUACGAUGAUCCGGCGCGGGGGCCGGCUACGGCGAUGGACGUGGAAGGACAUCGCCCCGUCUGCGGAAGAAGAUGGAUCAGCACUGGACUUGAAGUGGCGAGAGUGGAUCCACCAAGAGUCGUAUCUACGUCUCAUCUAUCGCGUGUUCGAGCUUGACAGACAAUCAUCGAUGGCCUUGCUCAAGCCGCCGUUGAUAACGUAUUCCGAGAUGCAACUGCCAUUACCCAGCUCGAAUAAUCUUUGGCUAGCAAAAUCGGCGACUGCCUGGAAGGCGGCCUACCUGAGCGCUUGGGAUGCAAAGAAGCGUCCGUCGGCCGUCGACUGCGUCCUGGAUCUCGAAUAUCUCGCUCAACACGACAACGCUAGCACCACGUAUUUGUACAUGAUGUGGGGCCUGGUCUGGGAGUUUCGCCAGAUGAGUUCGCUCGGUUCACGAUCGCCCGUCAAAACACACAACAGUCUCAUCCUGUCAUCGCGCUACCAAGAACUCACGAAACAGAUUGAGGACUUCCAUCUCAGCAGUCCGCCGAUGACUAAAAGUGCUGAAAUCACCAUGGAGCUUAUGCUGGUACAUCUCAACGCUUCUUUGGACGACAUCCAGCUCUUUGCCGGCAUUGAGGGUCAGGAGGAGGCUCGCUCCGCUUAUCCGUCGCUACGCGACUGGACCAAGACUGUUCCAGCUCGCCAGGCAGUGUGGCAUGCUGGCCAAAUCCUCCGCGCUGCCGAGGGCCUGCCAAAAGGACUUCUCUGCAACUUCAAUGCAAUCGCAGUGUACCAUGCAGGUCUAAUAUUAUGGGGCUAUGGAUUUCUGAAGCGUUCGGUCACAGACAAGUCGACGCCUAGUGCCACCUCGCAGGCCGUAGUGAUACUUAACGGAGACGACGCUUUGAGUGCGCGCAGGUUUGUCACACUGGAUCGGGGGUGUCCGUCCAUAAGGUUGGUGAAAUCGAACGACACGGUUCCCCUUAGUAAUGUUGGUGCUGUUAUGGAUGGGCUGGUUCAGCUCCUGUUGGCUCCCUAUGAUGCCGUUGAAGGGUCAUGCCCGCCGCUAGUAGGCAACUUGGUGCAGUUGUUGGAGGGUCUUCGGCCAGACACGAGAUGACGGGGUGUGCAGAUUUCUGGAAUGCGCGAAGAGGCAUCGGGCUCGCUCUUAUCCUUUGACAGGAAGAAUGACCGGUUGAUACAGUUCUAGAUGGCUAUUCCAUGUCUCUCGGAAACAAAUCUAGAGACCGUGGUCGAGGGUUACACGAAUGUCGCGACCGGGAGCGUACAACGACUCGCCCUGACGCGGGGUCCACGUGCAAAACUUGGCUCGGGUUCCCUCUCAGUCUGGAGCUCACACUCCGACGGAUUACGAAUCCUCAGCAGCUCUUUACUUUGAUUGGCUACAUUGCGGU